ACUUAGUGCGCUUUCUUUGCAGAGUAUCACACAGUCCUUCAUACUUUCUGACAGGCGAUGGUCCCCUUGUUUCCAUUUUCAUCUCAGUGCUCUCUCGUAGAGCAAACGAAAAGGGAAAACAAAGAGUUUUUUUAGCAACCCUCAAUGACGGACACCAAGAGAAAGCUCAUGUUAGUUGAUGAAGAUGAUGAGCAAGAUAAUGGAGUUGAAGUAAUCAACAGAAAGGGAGAGAAUGUUAUUCUAGAGGAUGAAGACGAAGAAGAUGAUGGUUUAGAAACAUACAUAUACGCUUUUUUUUUUCUUUUUUUUAUAUACGUGCUUAUGCUUCUACGUUCUUUAUAAGCGUUUCAUUUUAGGGUUUAAGAAUUAAUUUACAGAGAAAUAUUUUUGUGGGUUUACGAGUGCAGAAACCAUACUUUUUCUGUAUGGCCCAUACAGUAUGAGUAUCAUGUAUGGUGUUAUGGAUAUUGCUUGCUGGGUUAUGGCUAUUAGGGUUCUACAUCUGGGUUUUCUGCUAGCUUAGAGUUUCGAUGACUCUGUCCAUUCGGAUGGAUUUUCCGUUUUGGUGUUUAGUUUUUUGAGAUUUGAACCCUUGGGGUUGAGUACUCCCCAAGCUUCGCAUGGAUGAUAUUAUCUUUAAAGAAAAGAUAUUUCUGUUCGGCGAAAUGGGUCUCAAAGCUUCAGUUUAUCGUGUUUCUCGAUAUUUUGGGGGCUCUCUCAUUCUUCUGUAGCAUAAUAACCUGCGAGAAGAUGCCGAGAAUUUAAAGUAUUCUCUUUUGUAACGAGUCUCUCUGCCUAGUUCUUUGAAGUGUUUCCUUCUUCUCUUACUUUAACUUUCUGCCUUCUGCAAAUAUACUUCUCUUUUUCAUUAGGUGGUUUUCCUUCUGCUUGAACUUUUUUCACGUGGGCAUUUUCCAUUUACUCUCAGUAGUCUUUGUUUCUCAUUCUUGGCAAACGCUGCUCUUACUUCUGCUUUGUUUUGAAGAUGGCAUUGGUAGGUAUUUUAUUCUAGCUAAUUAUUCUUUUAAAAGGUGGCAAUUGCAUAUCCUGCAUUUUUGUGCUUCCUUUUUUAGGUGCACUGUGUCUGUGUGCUGGCUUUUUUCCUGAUUUGUGUUAGUUUUCUCUUUUGUUUUUUUUAAUUAAUGGGAUCCUGCAUAACCAUUAUCUUCUGCUUACAAUUUUUUAGCACAAUAUUAAUCGACUCUGUAUUUUUUCUGGUGAAAAGUGCUACAGCCUGCAACUUAAAACGACAUGCUAAACGUUAGUGUCUUCUUGUAGCUUAUUUUCAUUAAAUCUGUUGCUGAAGUAUGGACGAGUUUUUCCUUUUUUUUUUUUGCUGUUUUCUAUUUGUGAUUUUUUUGUAUGGAUGUUCUAUUGUUGAUAAUUUCAAUUGUUCAUGUGGAAGUCUUUUAAAUUAACUAUUGGUACUGGCUCAUCUUGGAUGAACAGAGGAUGGUUUGGAUGAGUUUGAGAAUGACAGGUUUAUAGUUGACGAUGAUGAGGAGGAAGAGGAAGGCGACCAAGAUGGGAAAGACAGACAAAAAAGCAAGAAAAAUAAGAAAAGAAAGUAUUAAAGGAUAUGAUCCUUGAUGAUGAAGGUUUCGAGUUGCUCCGAGAAAACAGAAUCUCAGGCUUAGGACACACUGAUAAUGUCGUGAGUUCUUUUUCCUCUUUCCGUAGCUUUGUACAAUAUUUGUUCUUUCUUUGGACGAGGACAUCUGAAGGAAGAAUUAUUAAGGUUAUUGUUCGCAGAGUUCUACCACAACAAGCAUUUUGUGCUCUUGACUUUGGAUUGACUGGGUUGAUAAUGAAGGAUGAUUAUUUGGAUGGGAAUGAUGAUUUUUCUUUGACAGAGAAAUUACAUGAAGGUGAUCUUGUUACUUGCAAGAUUAAACCACUUGAAAAGAGUAGAUACCAAGUGCUUCUUACUUGUAAAGAAAGUGAGUUGAAGAGUUGUAGAUAUCAAACUUUACAUGAUAUUGAUCCUUAUUAUUGUGAAGGCAAGAACAGAUUUUUAAGAAAGCAAGAUGAAGCCUGCAAGAAUGAACUUGCAAAGAAACAUUUCAAGCAGAAGACUGUUAAUCAUCCGCGCUUUAAAAAUAUCACUGCCGAUGAGGCAAUGGAGUCCCUUUCUGACAUGGAGAUUGGAGAAAAUAUUUUUCAUCCAAGUCCAAGAGGCGUCUAUUAUUUGGUACUAUCUCUGAAAGUCUAUAAUGGAGUUUAUGUUCACAAGGACAUCAUUGAAGGUCAAAAGGACCAUAGAGAUAUUGCAAGCUUGCUCCACAUUGGGAAAAAAUUGAAGAUAGGAGCGGAUUUGGAUGAGGUCAGUGCUUUGAUCUCUGCUAUCUUGAAAGUGGUCAAAUUAGACUUGCUGCUGAAUUUCCUUGCAAAAUAUAAUUCAAAACUAUUCAGUUUCAACUUCCAAGACUGGAAAACAAUUGGGUUUGUUAUCGAUCAGUAUGUUAAUCCAUUAGUAACCCACGUCAAGGCAAUCAUAAACUUCAAAAAAUUUAAGAGGGGUUCAAAGGCAGAGGUUGAUGAGCUCUUAAGAGCAGAGAAAUCUGAACAUCCAAUGAAGAUAGUUUACUGUUUUGGUAUUUCUUAUGAGCAUCCUGGCACUUUCAAGUUUCAUCUUGUCCUACAUAAGGACAAACCUCCGUCAUGAAUAUAUUGGUGUGCAGCCUGAGGGAUUCAAAUUUAGGAGGCAGAUAUUUGGGAAGAUUGAACAGGUUGUGGCAUAUUUUCAAAGACACAUUGAUGAUUCACCACGUGGCCCAAUGCUGAUAGGAAAUCCCUCAUCUGGUUAUUCCAGUGGAGCAUCCAUGGGCAGUGGUAAUGAUGGUUGGCAAGGCCAGUUUAAUUCAAACAGAGAUGAACCUUCAACCACUGGCUACAAAGGCAGAAAAUCUUAUAGUGGAGAUGGAUAUAAAAAAAAUGGGCAUCCAAGUGGAUUGCCUCUGCCAAAUGGCCGCCGGCCCUGGACUGGGACGAGGACAAGGACAAGGACGAGGACAUGGCUCUAGUGGCAAUGAGCCAUCUGAAAGUAGCAACAGAAAUGCAGGUAGCAGGAAUGGAAAUGGGCGUGGGGGCAGAAGCUGGCAGGGGCGGGAGCAUGUCUCAAGUAGUGGAAGGGGUGAUGACAGCUGGAAUGGAAGUGAUUUUGCAUAUAAUAGCAACCACUGGGGCACAAAUCCUAAAGAUAAAUGUGCGGAUGGUGAUGGGAAGAGCAUGUUUUGUGAUGGUAAUGGUAGUGGUGGAAGUUGGGACGCCAAUCGUUCGGGUGGAAACUAUUGGAAUGCCUCUGGUAAAGUUGGGAAUGCUGGAGGAGGCAAAUGGGCAAGAAUGGUUCUGAUUCACAGGGUAUUCUUGGAAGUGGUCCUGCAAGCGGCAAUGACUAGGUGGUUGGUAGCUGUAACUUUGGUGGGAAUAGUGGAUGGGGAAAGGACAGUACUGGUGGUAGCGGAGGUGGUUUUGAUAAUGAUACAGAGACUGUUACUACUGGAUGGAGUACUGAAUCUGGGAAGAGCUCCCUUUUGGGUGGUGGUGGUGGGAGCGGAUGGUCCUGAAAUACCAGCAGUGAUCUGUGCAAUGCUCCCCACUUAAAUGUCUAUUCCAAGUUGUAUAGGGCACUGAGAACAACCGAAUCUCUCUCUCGUUCUUUUCUUCCCCCCCACAAAACACUUUUUGUUUUUUAUUUUGGGCAACACAUAGUAAACAAGUAACAACAGAAGAAACAGCCUGAGAUUUGUCUAUGAUUUGAUCUUUGAUAGAAAAUGAUUCAUAUUUGUUGA